UCAUCGAGCCAUGUUCUUCAUCACCCUGUCAUAACAACGCUACUUGUUCCGUACAAGGCAGCAGCUUUAGAUGCCAUUGCAUGGCAGGGUACACAGGAAAGACUUGCGACCUAGGUAAGGCAACGUUUAUGUGGGAAAAAAUCGUCUCAGGAAACAGGGUGACCCUCUUUGCCUUAACGACGACCCUGUCGUCGAAAAAAGGGUAACCUGAUUUGGCGGGCACUUGUCCAGCCGAGCCAGCUUUUGUUUCUAGUGUAAACGGUUCGCAAAGUUCGCAAACGAAUUCAUGAGGAGAUUGCUUAUAAAAAAAAAGGGUCAUUACAAAAUGUCUUGCAAUUUAAUAGUAAUCUCCUUACAAGCCAUGGCAUGAAGCGUCUCAAGUGACGUCGUACCCUUAAAUGUAUAUAUGUAUGUUGUAUGUGCUAUCAUAGAUGGGCUAGUACGUCUUAGAGCUAACACCUUCAUUUGUUUUCCUCAGCACUUUCACAGUGUCUUCCUAAUCCCUGUGAAAAUGAAGGUCAGUGUAUUCCAUCUGGCAGCUCCUAUUCUUGCAAUUGCAGACCUGGGUUUUUAUCAGCUAGGAAAAUGUCAAGAUGGUAAGCCGACGUGGGCUAGUUCGCUAGAACGGCAUAAAAGUAUUAGCGCUACAGUCAAACCGAGAUAACCGUGAACACUUGAAAUAUUUCAGCAAUGUUAACUGUAGAAUGAAGAUGAUAUGAACUGCGGAUACACAAAUUUGAUCGUCGCAGUAGUAAUUUAAAUUUAAGCAAUUACAAAUUAGCCCGAAAAAAAUUUCGGUGCUUUAACAAUUUUUGUAUUUCCGCAGUUGGUAUCAUCUUCAUUCUAUGUUUCCUACCUUUCCCGGGUUAAGAUGAACUCAACAAAUUGGCCUGCCCUCAAUGUAUUGGUCUUCAUAGCUCAAUUGACAGAGCACUGCCGCGCUAACGGAGAGGCCAUGGAUUCGAAUCCGUUUAUCUUUGGGGACGUAGUUCUUUUCCUUCCUCCUGAACAGAUUUCCACCUUUUUAUGAAAUGAUUUAUUCAUACUUAAUACGAGGACCAACUUGGUUCUAGAGGUUGAGCGAGGGUGAGCAUAAUGUUAUGGAUUUAUAUAUUUAUUUUAUUUCACGUCGCUUAUUUUCAUUUGUUUGCUCUGUUAACCUUAUAGACAUUAACGAAUGCGAUUCUGACCCCUGUCAAAACAACGGAAAAUGUAAAAAUACUCUUGGAAGUUAUUACUGCUUGUGCCCACAUGGAUUCCUGGGAACAAACUGUGGCUCAGGUAAUUCUACUAUCGUUCAUGCCAUGUAUGCUUAUCAUGUGUUUUAACGAAAGGGUUUCUUCCUUUUUUCAGUAGGGCGCUUAAGCGAAACGACGGCGACGGCUACGAAAGCGUCACUUAAAAAGUGACUUCGCGCUGCUUCAAACUUCAUCAAGCUUAUUCCAUCUCGUUUAAUUUGUCAAAUGUUGGCAAUUUUUUCUGGAGCUGAAUUCUAAAAGACUCUAUCAAAGUUCAGGAAAAGAAAAAGGAAGUCGUUGUCAUAUGUUCACGUCCACCACAAAACGUGAAAUUAGGCAUUUUAACGUCGUACAACCUAGUGCACCACUUUAAAGAGAAUUUCGCUUGUUUUGUUUUCUCUACGUGGAUUCCUGCAUCAUAUCAGCACUCGUCUGUUAGUCAUAGAGUUUAUCUUGUGUUAAAACGAAAGUGUUUCUUCCUGGUUACAGUAUUUUUCCUGGGGAUUAGGAGAGAUCCUUGAAACUUCUGUUUAGAAUGUAGUACAUCACCGUUAAAGCAAUUUUACCCAUUUUGUCUUUCAGUGUGCACUCACCAGGUAUUUAACCUGGCCUUUCUGAUCGACGGGUCAGCAAGCAUAAAAAAUCUGAAUUCAGCGUCGGAAGCUAAAUACAAAGGCAUACUCAAGACAGUCGUAGAUUUCUACGAAGUCAGCCCAGAUAAGACCAAUGUCGCUGUCGCAGUGUAUUCCUCCAAUGCCUCCACAGAAUUUAGACUGGAUAGAUAUUACAGUAAAUCCGUCAUCAACUCGACCAUUGAUGGAAUCGUGUUCCCAGGAAAGGACACCAGGAUCGGGAAUGGUUUGACGAAUGUUCGAAAUGAAAUAUUCCCCUCUGCUCGUAGGGGAAUACCGAACAUCCUAGUCACAAUGAUCGAUGGAGUUUCAAUUGACGAAAUUUCGCUUCCAUCUGCAUUUCUCAAGGCAAUGAAUGUUGUCAUGUUUUCUGUGGGUGUUGGCGAGUUUUACGCCAAAGAACAGUUGGAUGUGACAUCAUCUGAUCCCGAGUCAACUUAUGUAUUAGAAGAGUCUGAUUUUGAUAACUUGCCAGAGGUUGCUACACAACUUAAAAAUUUCAUUUGUACUGGUAAGUAGUGAGUACCUCCUAUUAACAUCAUUAAUUAAUCCAAAACCUUCUCUGUCUACAAGCAGAACAUAAAUGGUAAUUGACAAAGGCAAUACCUUGUUAAGAGUAUAAAAGGCAUCGCUUCGGGAAAUCGGGACACUUCAAGCUUCGUAAUAAGUCGCAAUCAAAUCUUGGAACUUUACUCUAGAGCCACGCUUAAAGUUUUCAUUGGAUAUUAAAAGUCCCUUGAUUUCAUACAAUUGAUUUUAGCAGAACUAAACUUAGAAAGCAAAAGUAGAAAGUAAAACACUUUCUAGACCCUUUUAGCCCCCAGAUUCCCUCUGCAAUUCUCAGACUGUACUAGAAACAUUUCCUUAAAGAAAAAGUUGCGAGAUUUUGUUAAUAUCCCUUUGGUGGUCAAUUUAUUAAUUCUUAUAACUUUUUCUUUUCGUUUUAUUUUUUUUAUAUUUUCAAGAAAGAAUUGAUUUUGGUCAUUGUUGGGUCUUCAAAGGUUAAUGGUACGCGCCCAAAGGCAGCGUUAUUUUGCGUUUCAAUUCUGAAGUUUAGAAGCCUUGUGACUGGUUAUUGCCUAGUUGCCUGUAAUCCUCGUCGGCAGAGAUUAUAUAGAAAAGCAGGAUUGAAUAUAUAAAAAAACUUGAAUUUUUUUUGUUACUUUUUCAGAGGUUGACCACUGCUAUAGCAACCCAUGUUACAACGGAGGUACUUGCCAGAGUUUGACGGAUAGUUACAUCUGUGGAUGCCAAUCUGGUUUCACAGGGCAGGACUGCCAAAUAGGCGAGUAGUAUAGUUUACAGUGUUUUCUUUCACGUUUUUCAAUACACGCUUAUCUUCAAUCAUACAUUCUGCAAGUAAUGAGGUUAAACAGAACAUGCAAUGUGUAGUUUCCCUACCCACGGAGGGCACUUUUAUUUCAUACCCCCAUCCCCUUGAAAUUUCCAUUCCAGUGGGUGCUUGUCAUACUCCCCCUUGCACCCCCUGAAAUUUCCGUAAUUUUCCGACCUGGUUUGGUAUCCCCUGGAAAGAAUAUCUCCGUCAAAAAUGCCGUUGCAAUUUCCUUUUACGCCAAAAACAAUUGGCGAGUGAUACGGAUAUAUAUUUUCGGGAAUUACGCAAAUACCGUCUAGUUUGAUUGACACUUAUACAUGUACUCUUCCCUUAGUAUUCAUUUUUUGUUCAGGUAUAGGCUCCUCAACAACUUAAUCUUGACUUCUGAUCUGUCAAUUGCCUUUUUUUCUUUAGAUUUAAAUGAAUGCUCAAAUGACCAAUGCGACACUCCAAGGGAAAUAUGUGUCAACUUUCCUGGAACUUCCUUCUGCAAUUGCAUGGCGGGAAAUUUUCUUAUUCAAAAUUCAUGCACUGGAGGUAAAGAUUUCUAGAAUAUUCUCUUCUAAUCUUUCGCAAGAAGUCUUUACAAAAAUGGCUUAUAAUUAUGCUAUGCGUCAGGUUCUAUUUCUAUUGCUGCUGAGUUAAGAACAGAAAUUGCGCAAAAAUCUUUGAAGCUUUUAUUUAAGUGUUGCUUGUCUCAACAGCUAUCCUUAUUUUUGUCUUACAUCAUUCAGGUACUCUUUCAUGUUCCACUUCUAAAAAAUGGAAACCCAAAUACUUUGCAUAUAGCUGUCAUAGUUUAUCAAUUUUAUAUGAGUUUCAAGUCUCAGCAGUACUGUUGAACUGUUCCAGUCAUCAUGCACACAACGAUUUUUGUAUGGUGUUGUUUUUUAGUUUACUCUGGCAGCUACAACAUUGGCUUUUUAAUAUACAAUGGAAUGAGCAUCGAUGAAUACCAGAAAGGAAACUUUGCAAAGGAACUAGCAUUGGUCAAAGGAAUUGGGAAAACAUUUAACAUCUCCAGCACCAAAACAAACAUUGGCAUAAUUACCUAUUCUAGUGGAGCAAGCGUCAGGCUGAGAUUUGGAGACAUUUUAUCUCAGGCUGCCUUAGAGAGCUCUCUAGACGCCAUAACGAUAAGCGGAAGUGGACGUAACAUAGCAAGGGCAUUGCUCUUGGCCCAGACGGAUCUGUUUAAUCAGUCCACUUCCGGACAAAUCAACAACGUUUUAGUCGUACUUACAGAUGGAAGUUCGGAUGAUGCUGUUGCAGCAUCGGCGCAUGCCUUAAGAGCUAGCGGUAUCUUUGUAAUCAGUGUUGGCAUUGGUCAGUAUGUACGUGGACAGCUUAAUGAAAUGGCUUCUGCGCCACACUCAGAUAACGUGUUUACGGUUACCUCAUAUAGUGAACUUGGUACAAUUAUGGGAAUUCUCAAAGAUUCAAUUGUCAAAGGUAAUUGCUAGCUUAAACCGCCCAUACUUAAAGGAACCUGCGUUUGGUAUUCGUGUGAAUUCCCCCGUGCGCCAUUCAGUGAAAUGUUUUUACCCUACCAAUACGUAGCGGAAAAUAUAGAGCGUUUUCACAUGACGUCGGGGCGGCCAAAUUGGUGUUCCUAAACAAUGGAACGGCGGCCAUAUUAGUAUUCCAAACCAAUCCUGUGGAAAUGGAACUUCUGUCAUAUGAAAAUGCUUUCUUUUGUUCCAGUAAAUUUGUAUAGAUGCUGGCCACGUGAGUACCCGAAAAGCGCUUUUUAAAAUGUUAAACAAUUGUGUGAUGUGUAACUUCACAUUUAACUAAAUUCUCUGCCAUAUGCUUUGCUUUCUGUUUAACACAGUGUCGGAGCCAUGCUCUGUUAACCCUUGUCAGAAUGGUGGAAUCUGUUUCCCUCUCCCAGGAGAAAGUUACAUUUGUUCAUGCACUUCUAUGUGGACAGGAGCAAAUUGUGAAACACGUAAGUACUGGAAGUAAUGGAAACAUAACUGUGUCUUAAUGUAGUGUAAUUGGAAAUCCUAACCUUUCAGGCAGUUUCCCAUGAUAAUGGAUGCGGUUCCCUUUUUCCAAUUUAUACCUUCUUCACUCAAAAAGGCACACAAUUUUUAUAUUCACUAAUACUGCUGACUUAAACGUAGGCUGAUAUCCACUGCGACUGGCUUCCAGAUCAGUAACACCAGUUCCUACUAUGCCACUGUGCAUGGCCUGUUAUGGACUUUUUUUUGUUUUGUUCUGUUUUUUUUUUUUCCACUUUCCUGUCAAUGACUUUCUAAAUAGGUAUGAUCCUAUACAUUUUUAUUGAUGUUACCUAAUAACAACUUCUUUUAUGCUUAGUGGCUACACCUUGUACUGCCUCUCCGGACCCCUGCAAUAAUCACGGUAACUGCACAGUAAUGCAAGAUCAAAGCACAAUAUGCAACUGCAGUACAGGGUGGAAUGGAACUCAAUGUGAAAAUGGUAAGACAUGGGUGACUGCAGUUGCUCGAGCCAAUCAUGACCAGUGCCGGGGAAAUGGGUUUUCGCAAUUAAAAACAAAUAGCUGACCAUUUUUUCAGUCACCUUGUAUAACAUUGUUUUGCUCGUAAAAUACUGCUACAUUUUGAUAGACAUACCAGUGUUUUCCAAAGUUUCACUUCCUUGUUGAAUAUUUCUUCACGUUGCUAUGACAGUAUCCCUAUUAAAAUAGUAGUGAAUAAGUAUGAAAAGGCAAAUUAAAAGUGGACGCCGAGGCCUUCACUUGUCAAUAGUUCUACAAACGUUUCCUAAAAAAUAGAAAUAACGGCAAUUGCCUUUUAAGUUUUCCUUUUUGAUAUACCUUACGUAACACCAUUGAUCUCAAUCUCCUUUAUGAAAACGAAAGAUUGCGUGGGGGGACAACCUCUAUCUUGUUUGUGUCCACGUCGACAUUAUUUCAGCUAAGCACGUGCGUACUUAGGUGCUGGUAACGCCCCCCUUCCCCCCCUCCCCCGUCCCCUGAAUGCCUAAUGCUGUCGGUUAGCCAACGGCAUUGGGGACCAUAAGAGAAAAACACCAACGUGUUUUCUCUCAUCGUUUCUAGAUAUAAACGAGUGUCUUGAAAAUCGUUGCCAAAAUGGAGGAAAUUGUACAAAUACAAAUGGAAGCUUCUAUUGUAACUGCCCAAUAUAUUCAGCUGGACUCAACUGUGAGAUGCGUAAGUUAGUCAUUCAAAUUGUUGUCUUUACUUGUUACCUUUCUUUACCACGCUUGAAAAUCGGAUGUGACAUGCUAGACCUCAAAAGGCCAGCGAUGGUGUUGUUCCAUCAGAAUGUAUUUUCAGCCGCUGUUCAAUAGGUGAGAUGUAGAUGCGUUUCAUAGAACGCCGAUGGUCCUACGCGUGUCCAUGAGAAAAUAAUGUUGAGACAUUCAGACCAAGGUUUUCAGUAUAUCACAAUAUACUAUAUACGAUGGCAGGAGAUUUGUAGCUUCUGUGGCAGGUUUAGGUUUUGAGGGGGCAGAGGAUGUGGACUUAUGGCCUUCCACGCAGGCUAUAGAUGAAGAAAGUCUCGGCAUUAAAGCGCACAAUAGGUCCUCGAGAAUACAUGUUAGGCCGGGGCUAAAAUACUACUUGUGAAAAUUCUUGCGGAAAGUUGAUGAUGAAAAUAAGGAGUGUACGUAUAUAUUUUCAUAAAUACUUUAAAUUUCAGAUUGCGACCACCACGCCAUGAAUCUUGGCUUCUUGGUAGAUGCCUCUGCAGCUGUAGAACUGUCUGGCGACGACAACUUUAACAAGACUCUUGACUUCAUUGCAAGCUUUAUUGAGUCUUUCUCUGUAACACCAAACGAAACACACGUUGGACUGGUUGUUUUCUCGGACGACCCGAGCACGGCGUUUGACUUCAAUCGCGGUAGCGUCUCAUCAAUUGCUGUAGAAGCUGUAUAUAAUGCUACUUACCUGAACCAAGGACGACAAACAGGAAAAGCGAUGACAUACAUCCGGCGUUAUCUGUUCUCGGAUCCUGUCCAUCAGAGAGCUGUUCCAAAUUAUCUCGUUUAUCUGACCACCGGGUCUUCAUAUGACUUGCUGAAGACCCCGGCAGCUCUAGUGCGUGAUGACAAUAUUACUGUCUUUGCUGUGGGAAUUGGAAAUAACAACGACAAUGAAGAAUUAAACUAUGUCACCGGAGGCAAUGGUACACGAAUUUACCAAACUUCUGUCGACAGGCUUGCUGAUGUUGGCACCCUUUUGAAAAGGAAAAUUUGCGAAAGUAAGUGACGGCAGUUGGGUUUGUAGGACAAUAAAACGACCACUUAUUUAAGACAAUUAUCAUCAGCGUAAAAAAAUAUGAUCAAAGAUUUAUGAUUUAAGCCUUUAGUAUGUGUGCGUUGAUGCUUUGCGAAUGCUUCAGUAUCGUAUAAGUUAGCCUUGCGUGGUGAGAUAUUGUCAUUCUGUGUUUCUGAACAGGAUGGCUUAACUCGUGAGGCGUUUGCCUCCUUUUGCAGCCGUUUUAACCCCUUUUUUCUCGCGUAUUGUAUCGAUACGUGGACGUUUUGGAGUUGGGUGUACAUGUACGUUACCAAACGUUGCAUGGAUGGUUAACACCGUUAAAAUACAUACUUAAAUUUAUUAUGACACUUGUUUUUCUGUCUACAUUCCUUUCAGUACAAGACCAGCAAGCUUGCAACUCCGCACCAUGUUCUAAUGGCGGCUUCUGCGUCAACACUGGUAAUAACUACCGCUGCGAAUGUACGCGUGGAUACUAUGGAAGGCAGUGUGAGCACGGUAGGUUUUGGUUGUUGUUAUUGUUGUUGUAUUCCUUGUGUUUUGGUCAAGCCUCUUAAGCCAUCAAUGUGUAGUAAAUUUUGAAUAAAAUUUGCACUUAAAUAAGGAAAUUAGUGUGAAUGAUGAUGACGAUGACGACUACGACGACAACGUCAGUGAUGAUGAUUACGAUGAUGAUGAUGAUGAUGAUGAUGAAUAUAAUGCUGACGAUGAAGAUGAUGAAAAAUAUAAUGAUGAUGAUGAUGAUAAUGAUGAUGAUGAUGAUGAUGAUGAUGAUGAUGAUGAUGAAAAUGAUAAUGUUGAUGAAGAUGACGACGACGGCGACGACAACAACAACGUCGACAACAUAAGUGAUGAUGAUGAUGAUGAUGAUGUUGAAAAUAAUGAUGACGAGGAGGAGGACAAAGUUUUGAAACCUUCUCCAUGGAUGCGAUCUUCCCAAUUCUUUGUCGAACUUAUCAAAAUUAUGAACAUGGCACAAGUUUCCCUCAAAGUCUUCUUGUUUGUUCGUUUUUGCAAGGUUGUGGUUUCAGAGAGCUUGGUGUUAAAGUGAACAACGAGCGCCGAAUUCCAGACAAAUACAUUACAUCAUCUUCUCAAAGGGAUUCAAACCAUGCAGCUUUUCGUGGUAGGGUUGGCAUCGAGGCUAUUGGUUCAUGGCAAGAUGGUUGGUGCUCUUCAGGCACAGACGAGACGCCCUACAUUCAGGUUUUCUUUGGUAAGUGAUCGUUUUUCAAUUAAUCAUUAUUUCAUUUUGUUUGUAUGUUAUUCAUUUCUGUUUAAUAUGCAAAAGUUGUAAAAAAAAUGAGUACCUAUACUCUAGCUCAACGAAGGCGAAAUGAACUCUGUCACCACUGUAAGAUGCAUAUUUUACUUAGGCCAUAUUGCGUUUCUUCUAAAUCCCUUGUUGCAUUUAAUGCACUGGGCGCUUGACAUGGCAAUUCGUCUUAUAUUUAAGACCUAACCAUUUGAAACUAUGCAAACGAAAGAAAAGAAACAAACGAAAAGUAAUCAUAAAAAUGUAAAUACGGUCGAACCUGUAUUGAGGGAUCACCCUCGGUGAAUGGCUUUCCUCUUAUCCACCUUGUAAUAUUAGAUAUGUGUUUUAAUCUAGUAAUUAAUAAAAAAAUUAUUAUCAUUAUUAAUAAAAAUUAUUAUUUUUAAUAUUAUUAUUAUUAUUACUAAUUAUGUCACCUGAAUAUUAUAGAAUACCUAACGAACGUAACCAUGAUUGAAACUGAGGGGGUAGAUGACGACGGUGGAGAAGCACUGUGGGUAGAAAAAUACUAUGUAUCUACCAGCAACAGUUCAGAGUCGGAGACGUUUAUAGAUUACAUGGAGGACGGAAAUGUUGUUAUGGUAAAUAUCACUACGUUAACGCGUUAAUUGUUUUCGUCGAAAAAAGGGUAAAGAAGGAACAUUCCAGACGUAAAGAAAAAUAUAAAGUUAAUUUGUAAUAGAAGUGGGUAUUUGAUUAGUACUCUCUAAGAAAUCCGUCACUAUAAUUAUAAUUUAUGUACGUUAUUUUAUUAUUAUUAUUAUUAUUAUUAUUAUUAUUAUUAUUAUAUUUAUUUAUUUAUACAUUAUAUGGAUAAACCAGCUGUUGACAAAAAAUGGACAGUACACUAACUAUGAUUAACUAUAAUUGCAAUUUUUACUUACUUUAUUUAUUAUUUGCUAAAGCCUUUAAAUUCACGCCAAAAUUUAUCAUGCUGCUUUAUGCUGGAAUACGAUUAUUGUUGUAACACAAAAGAGUUUUAUUAUUCUCGUAUGGCUUGCUUGAUGUGGUUAAUGUGACGCCAUGCUCAAAGACUCUAUUGUAAACAUUAUUUCGAUGUUGCCUCCUCAGUUUAACGCCAACAGGAAUAUUCAAGGUGUGAACAACUCUCUGGAGGGGACAAACGCACAUUUUAUCCGGAUACAUCCUGUCAACUUCACCCCUCCAUACGCUUGUAUGCGUAUUGCCUUGUAUGGUUGUGACGAAGGUUGGUGAUAUUUUUGUGAUGCUAUUUCUGUUUGUUUUUAACUUAUUGUUAUUUAUCAAAUCGAUAUCAAUUUUCCAUCGUCUGUUCUCUUAUCUACCAUAGAAAUGACGUCAAAAUGUUCAAAACUCAAGUUGAACCACUCGCCUGCGGCUCGUGGCUCACUGCAAAAUUAUUUUUAUUAGUAUUGCUCUACCAGCAAUUCUUUUAACACUUUUUAGUUGUAUGUAAGGCUUUAGCUCUUGAACUUUUAUAACUCAAUGAUAAUUAUGAUAUUAAUAGCAGUAAUAAAAAUAAUUUACAAUAGUAAUAAUCAUCAUAAUAAAAAUAAUAAAUGACAUUGAUAACGACAACAAUAAAGUUAGCAAAACUGAUGAUUUUUUUGAUGUUGAGAAUAAAAACGCUAGAAUGUUGCAGGGAUGUCGAGUGACCUACGUUCUUCGCUAUCGUGUACAGAACUUACCGAUAGUCUAAACUUGGAAGAUUUCAACAUAAGCAGAGAAAAAAAUUUCAUUGUAUUUUUCAUAGUCGAAAAAGUCAGUAGUUUACGGUUAUAUUACGUCAUCAGUUUGAAUGGCGACCAUCUUGGACCCCCAAUCUUAGAUUGCUAAAGCAAGGAUAAAAUCAGUUAUCGAAACGAAAGGGUUAAGUACGACGCACUAGAUGUACUUCUUUUCAUAAUUUUAUUUUAAUGUUUCUAGGAAAUGCUGUACACCAGAAAUCGUUGCUAGAGAGAAUAGCCAAUGCUCCUUUGACUAGCGAUCCUCUUUCGGAUACGGGUUUAGCAGGUCAGUAGCUUUGCUUUUGUAAGCUCCAAGCCUGACUUCUAAAGAUGAUUUGUUUGUUUGUUUGUUUCGUUUUGUUUUGUUUGCUUGUGUUGGGGAAUAUCUUUUGUAAAAUGUCAAAAGUAACAAUCCUUACUUUUCAAGAGUCUACAACUUUCACUGUGUUACAUCUAUAUUUGCUACGUCGCGCUUUUAUUUAUUAUUAUUAAUAUAUUUUUAAACUGGAGUUUGUUUUUAGCCCAUCCCUGGCAACCACCUACACAAGAGAUAAUUGCUAAUGAUCCUGGCCACUUUAUUUUGUUCAUUAAAAUUAACUUUGUCGCUUGUGAAGUUCGACCUUCCCCUGGGCCUAAGUUGUAAACGAUAACUGAUGUAAUUAGUGUUUCGUCUCUUACUGUGUAAACAGCUAUACCAGUGGCGGUUUUCGUUGGGUUGCUGAUCGGUUCCUUGAUGUUCGCUAUGCUGCCUUUACAGUAAGUAAUUAUAACAGCAAGAAUAACAUUUUUGCCUAUACCCCCCCCCGCCUUAUUCUGUGCUUUCACUUCUCAGUUUGUCUUAAGACACUCAAGUUCAGUCCGGUCCCGGGAAUCCAGCCUGCGACCUCCCCUGCAGUCAAGUACUUUACCGACUGAGCUAGUCCUACAGCAAUCUUCGCUAAUGGCCAUCUCUUUACAGUGGCCACUUUUUUCGGGCCAGUGGAUGCAAUCAGUAUUGUGUUGACCAAAAACGCCUUCAAGAUAAAGCUCUUGAACGUACUGAAAACUACAACUACUCCCCUUUCCCCCAAAAAAACAAUGUUGAAGUCCGCCUGGUUUUGUGCGCUUUCAACAUACUCAAACUUUUUCGCGAAGCAAACUUGGAAACAGAGGGGCAGGCAAUUACUCGUCUUAAAGUACACGUGGUAAUGUAUGUUUUUCUCAACAUUGUUGUCGAAGAUUGUAGAUGUGGGAAGUGCUUCUGAUUGCUUAUAAAAGUACAUUUUCCUCCCGGUACGACCAAUCAGAAGCAGUACUCAGUGUUGUGACACAUCAUCAGUAGAGAGAGAUGAAGAUGCACGUUUACCGCAAACGGCACAGGUCAGACUCAAGUUGAGAAUUUCUCAGAAUAGAAAUUAAGCAGAUAAAAACAGUCCCCAACGAUUCCUAUGGUUAAUACUGUCAUAAAACUACUUAUUUGCGAGUAGAAGCAAUAAAAAGUAAACGGAAAAUAAGGGAAAAAUUGGUCACGUGGUACAAAUUCACGUCUGCCGUUUGGCGUAAACGUGAAUCUUAAUCUCUCUAACGUUAACAUGGAAUUUCUGCCUCGUCCCUCAGAAGUCAUUUCGCGGGGAAACCACUGAUUGCGUAACAGUAUGUCAGUUGUUUUCUUAGGCCAGAAAACUAGUGAUCUAGUGAUUACCCCACGGAUGACGCCCCUUUGUUUAUGCUGUGAUCAAUUUUGUAUAGGUAAUAGCCUGAUUUGUAGUGAUAUUUGGCAUAAAUACCACGAGUGAUAUAUUUCGAAAUUGUUAUGCGUAAUUUCACGAGCCGUUGGGCGAGUGAAAUUUGAGACAACUUUGAAAUAUCACGACUGGUAUUUAUGCCAAAUAUCACGUACAAAUCAUGCUAUUAUUUGUUUAUACUACUACCCACAAAAGGUUUGUAAUUUUCACAUGUAGGUAUCCCAAAUUAAGCUGAAAUACCACUGCUCUAAGCCAAUCAAAUUGCAGAAAUUUCCCAUGUAGUAGUAUAAGAUAUUUCAAUUUGGUGCCUGUUACAGCUCAUCUGCACCCCCAUUGUCACCGUCCCAAACAACGAUGAUGGUAGACAUCCAACCCCAGCAACAACAAGACGCUAACGCGAAUGCAACAGUCCCUGGUUACGAGGUUCAAACAAUAACCAUGGACAUGGGACCAGAUUCUACAACAACAACUGAAGAUCGAGAUAUGGGCUAUUCUGGUGAAGAUCUUUUCUUGGAAGAAAAAAAGGUCAGUUUCGUUGAAGAUUGAAUUGGUCUGAGAGUUAUGUAGUCAGCUACACAGCCGUUUUUAGUGUCGUCACGCCACGCUCCUCCCAAUUAGUAGGGAGGAGCGUUGCGUGACGACACUGAAAACGGCUGUGUAGCAGACUUAGAGUUAUGAGGAAUAGAAAGAAAAAGGCAAAAAGUCAUUCAAUACAGCAGAGUGGAACGUGGAAAAACUUGUUGGAUGGCCAAUGAAAAUUCCUUUUAAUCAUAGUACUAAUACAUUAUGCGACAAAAGCAGAAGAGCGGUAUUAAAAGUAAUAAUACCAAUCUCUUCAUCGGUCCUAACUAAAACCUCAUUGCACACUUCCCAGUGACCCUUCUCCUGUUGUGGCUAUGGCAUGAUGAAGCUGUUUUAAUGUCGUUAUCAUCACAAUUCAAGGCUUUCUUAUUUUUUUCUCUCUUAUACAGAUCUUUGGCUAUUCAUCGCCAAACCCAGAAGAAGAUUAAUGCAUUGGUUAAUGUCUACUCUUCAUUCUUUUACAAGAGAACUGCAUGCUCUUGCCCCGUGGAAUUUUCAACGCAAAUCAAUUUGCUUGCUGUAUCGACGACUAUAACAUUCCCAACUGUCACUAUAUUUCGCCGAAAAAGUGGCUACACUUUUCGUCUUACGCUAAUCAAAGCUUUUAACCCUUGAAGCCCCAAGAGUGAUCAGCAUCAAAUUUCUCCUUGUAAUAUCAAUACUUUGUAAAACAGAGUGGUCAUGAGAAUUACGGACAUGAUCACACAAGAUGAAUUUGCUUGAUAUUUUAUCAACUUCUCCCCAC